UGAGAAAUCACAAGUUGUUGCUGAGAGUUGUUUUUUUUAUUUUUUUUAUCUUGUUAAAAGGUGCCACCUACAAGUGUAGACGCAGAAGCAGAACGAUGCACACCACAUCACGACAGACAACACGGGCCAAAAGAGAGAUCUUCCCACCAUUUAAAGAUCUCAUGAACCGGACUCCAGACAUUUCCACAGAUCAAGAGAGAGAGAAGCAGUCGAAAGCAUCAUCAAACGUCCCUCAGAAGGUGGCAAUGCUUUUCAAGCAAAUACGUAACUUUCUUCAAGAAACUGCAGUUUUCAGCUCUUUCCCCAUGAGUCUCUCGUUAAUUGGAUUUGAGGAGUUGAUGGAGCUAAACGUUUUUGAAUGCCCGUGCAGACAUGAUCUGAAUAUAUGGCUAACAGCAUCUAUUUUUGUUGGUCCUCCUUUUUUCAUUUUUGCUUUCAUGUAUUAUGUUUUAAGACCUUUUAAACAUGAUUGGUUUCGUUGUUCUCAAGAAGAGAAUGAAGAUACUCGGCAGAACUGGCCUAAAGCUUUAGCACAUUGUCUGAUGCCAUCUUUAAUGUGGGUCAUCAUCUUGUUUCUUGAUGGCGAUUAUGUUGCUUGUGCCAUGACAGACUGGAAGGGAGUUUAUGUGUUUGAUCAGGAACUCAACAGGUCGUGGUGUAAACCUACUGCAGGGACGCGAAAUGAGGCAGAGCUGCGAGAUAUGAUUCGGCAAAAUAUUAAUUACUCACGGAUAUCAGGGUAUUGCGUGAGCCUCCUCUUAAGUGUAUUGACAAUAACCUUAAUGGUUAUUUAUGACUGCUACAUAAGUGGAAAAUGUGACUGCUGCAGCAGACGAACAGCAAAGACACGGAGUGAAGAAGAAGGUGCUGCUACAAUGGGACAGGAACUGCAAGAGGCAGGGUGUUCUGCUACAAUGAGAGAGCAAGAAUCAGAAAGUUCUGCUACAGUGGGACAGAAACAACAAUGGUCCGGGAGUUGUGCUAAAGCUAAUUGGUUUGGGAGUUCUGCUAGAGUGGGACAUGGACAGCAAAGGUCAGGGAGUUCUGCUCCAAUAGAUUCUGCUACAAUGACGCCGGAACAGCAAAAUCUACUGCUGGCCCAAAAUCCAUUGCCAGACCAGAGACAAUACAAUGACAGCUGUCAAAUGAGCCUUUUAAACAAACCCAACACAAAGGCCUUCUCCUAACAAAUAACCAGCUAUUAACAUUUAAUUUUCACUCUCUUCCUUAACCAAAACUCUCAUAUGCCAUCAGAUUUCUUCAAAGUAAUGCAAUUGCUCUCAAAACAACUAACAGCCAUCUAAACACAGGCUUAUUUUAAUCAAACAGUUCAACUUUACUGCAAAAUGAAGCACUGGAUUUUUUUCUAAUAAUGCAUUUAUUAAAAGUACAUUUUAACAUCAAAACUAUAAGUGUAUUCUAUAUCUAUUGAUUAUAAAACACAUUCAGCGAUGGAUGCACGAUAAUGAAAAUACACAUUUAUCUAACACCUAUCACCCAUGUGACAAAUUAAACUAAUACAACUAAUCAUAUACUAAUGAAAAUACUCAUUUAUCUAACACCUAUCACCCAUGUGACAAAUUAAACUAAUAAAACUAUAAAAUCAUAUACUAUAAAAUAAAAUAAAAAAUAAAGAAAGAAAGAUACUUAAAAUCUGGUUGUGCCACCUUUAGCAACAAAAUCUGCAAAGAAAUGCUUCUGAUAACUAGAGAUCAAUCUAGUACACCAUUGUGGUAGAGUUUUGGCCCAUUUUGCACACUCUUCUUUGCAGAACUGCAUUAGUUCAGCCACAAUUCUUGAUAUACUCCUGUCUCAACAUCUACACAGGCCUCUCCCUUUGUCACUGGUGGUGGUGUUCUGGACCACCAUGUCAACAAUGCUCCUGUUCCAUUCAGAAUAAUCUGGAUUGUCUGCCUGAAUGUUCUCAAACUUAAAUUCUGAAAAAAAUGUUUGGACAUUUACAGUAAAGAAUAUGUUGUUUUCCCAGAAGGACUGAAAAUCUGUACUAUCAGCAGUCAUAGUACUUUAUAAGUGUAUUGGCAUAGUAACCUUUUAUAUAUAUAUAUAUAUAAAUCUGUUUGCUAGCUUCUCUAAAGGAAAGACCAUGAUUUUUGUUACAUGGUCAGUUAGGGUAAUUCUGAUUUCAUUUGAAAUCAGCUAUCAGUUUAAGGCCAACUGAAAAUAUACGAUGUAAAUCACAGAGUACAUAAAUGUUUGUGAGUUGUAUAAAACCAAAGGAGAUACAACUGCUUUUUUUCAGAUAUUUUGAAGUAUUGGUUGGUUGUAUUAACUGUUUUGAAAACAUUUGAGAUUUUUGUGCAGUGUUUUGAGAAAAUUCUUAGCGUGAUUUGUAAUUUGUAUGAAAUGAAUGAAAACUUACAAUCUGUUUAGGACAAUUAAAAAGUGUUCAGAUCACUGUGUGAACUGUUUUGAGAACAGUGACCUGAGUUCGGAGACAUGUCAAACUGGUAAUAUUGUGAAAUAAUAAAAUGAAGAAUGUUUGUAAUAAUGAAUAAUGUCUGUAAUAUUCAAUUUAAUGCAUCUUUGCCAAA